AUGCAUGUCUCUCUUCUUUCCGUCUUGUCCUUCGUCGCCUUGGCGGAGGCGCAGUGGCAGAGCUGUGCAAAGCCUUGGGCCCCGGGGAUUAAGCCCGGCGAAAGCUUCACCAUCAAAGCUCAGUGCCACCUCUUUCCGGGCUAUCCCAAGAGAUUCGGCAAGACAAAGGUCACCGCUUCCUACACCGAGAAAUGGAUCGCAUCCGGCGCCAGGCCGGAGCAAGUGGCAGCGGUGCUUGAGCAAACCCUCGACGACAGCAUAACCAAGUACAGCGAGUUCGCCACGCUUCCGAAAGAGGUCGUCGUCAUCGUCACACCCGCGGUCGACGGAACUACCCUCGCCGAGACCAUCUACCCAGAACAAAUGAAGUCGCCUUGCCAGAUCCAGACGUUCAAACAAUGGAGCCACGAAGCAGCAGGUGCCGACGUUCCUCGAGCCUUGCAAGCAAUCGCGCACGAGCUGUACCACUGCAUCCAGCUCCUUGAGCUGGGGGAUGUACAGAACCCUCAUUGGGUACUUGACGGAUCCGCAAACUACUUUAGCAACGUCGUGUAUCCAGCUACGAACCUGGAAUGGCCCAAGAAUGGUUUCGGCUACAAGCCUAGCUCGCCGAUAUACGCCCAGCCCGGAUUAGACGCUUACGGGACUAGCAUAUUCUUCCAAUCUCUGGAAGCGACAAAGGGCCUCGACUAUAUCAAUGAGUGGGUGAUGGUAACAGAUCCGACGCCCGCCAAGCUGGAGAGGAGGCGUCUCUCAGAGCUACCGAGCUUUACCGAUCUAUUCUUAUUGUUCGCCAAGCAGUAUUCGCUCGAGUCUAUCAUAGACACUAGUGGUGUUCCCAUCCCUGGCCUACCGAAGAUCGAACCAACCAGUGCCAAAGUCACGUUCAACAAGGCGGGAACAACUGGUACUGCGACACUCAAAGUUGUCCCAUUCACGAUCCGCGUCUUUAAGCUCACGCUCAAGGCCGGCCACCCGGCAGUGAUCUACUCGGCUGCCGACAGUGAGCAGCGACUGGCUUAUCGGGACCCCAGCAACUCGGAGUGGACCAAGAUGCCAAGUGGCCCGCCAUCAGGAUCCGCGGGAGAAGUGGAUUGCCACGACCCAGGUUCUACCCAGACAAUUCUCGUCCUAUUCGUGUCCACCGCAGACGCCAAGAGUGAUACAGUGAAAAUCACCAUCAAACGUCAACCUAAGAAAAAGUGCAAGAAGAAGGGACCUGGUGGAUUUGUCCUCUAUCCGCUGUUUAACGAGAAGACGUCCGGUGCUGUCUGUCCGAAGGGGACACACUUUUCUUCCGUCGCGGCCUGGUGCUGCCCUGAAGGGAUGGAGUUGGAUCUGACUGUCGCGUCGGAAGUCAGCAUUUGCUGUCCCACUUGUAGGUUGUUCAUUUUCCAGGUUCCGGGUGUGUCAGCUAACGGAAACAGCGGCGGAUUGCAGUAA